GGUAAAUACGUUUUCAGUUCUUUCGCAGUUACGGGUCAGACCAGUUAAUAUCGUUGUUUUUAGCUAUUAUAAAAUAUGCCGUCAGAAUUGGAUUUGCCCGACCUGCCGGAUCCUACAGUUCUCAUUAAACUCCAUGGAACGUUCAUGGUUAUUGCAUGGAUUUUGUUUUCCUCUGUCGGAGGCGCGGUCGCAAGGUAUUUUAAGAAGACGUGGGUGACCGAGCAAUAUUUUGGUGGAGAUGCGUGGUUUUUGUACCAUCGGAUGUACAUGUUUUUCACUUGGCUGCUCACAUGCUCCGGGUUCAUAAUUAUCUUCAUCGAUAUGGAUGGAUGGCAGGACACUGCCCACGCCAUAUUGGGAACCAUUACGUUUGUACUAUGCUUCCUGCAACCCAUACUGGGUGCUGCCAGUCCUGCUAGACAGCCGAGAAAAAUUGUUCGCUUUUUCCACAUACUAUCCGGUAAUGUGUCAUACUAUUUGGCAGUUAUAAAUAUGUUCCUGGCAGUGGGGCUGAAGUCUGCCAACCUUCCGGAAGCAUUAUACGGUUGGAUUGCGGGAGGCCUAGCCUUGCAUCUAUUGGCGCAUGGGGCAUUCAACGUACUAGAUUACAUGACGCGGAAAAAAACUGCUGACCAUCCCAUGCUGGAUCCAACGAAGGAUGCUUCUUAUUCUAGGUGGCGUAAGCUUACUCUUAUGACGCAGAUUAUCGGACUGCUUGCUUUCACAAUUGUCAUUGUGGUGCUGAUAUGGCACGAAUGAUUGGAGCAAAUGUUGAUAUCCGGUGUCUCAGAAAUGCGGUAUGCGGUGGUUAUUAAACUAG